GCUGGGUGGAUGGACUCGGCAGAAGCAGUGCGGAAGAGCGAGAAAACAUAGCUGAGCAGAGGGAGAAUUGGCAAAGUGGAAGAGGGGCCAAGGGAAUCUUGUAACACACGUAUCGCAAUGCACAAUAUGGCACGGUGUACGGCAUGAGCAAGAGAAGUAGAGGCAGACUCCGGCCGACAGUGUCCGGACAAUCCCACUAGCAGUAACCAGUAGUGUCCAAGUGGUCAUCUCGUCGGCAACCUGAACACAUCAGCCACGAGGUCUUGUUACCUGGUCACGCAAUUGCUACAUCUGUAAACCGAAACAACACCAGCAUAUUAGUUGACAACCAACAUCUUCCUACCAGUUAUUAUUAUUCAACAAUUGUGAAUUGACCUCUGCACUAGUUCUUGUUGCCAAUUUGGUUAGGAACUGGUUACAACCACCUGUCAUCAAGAUGACUAACAACGCAGCACUUCCAAGUACCAUACCAUCAAUGGAGCCUUCCAAAGACUCCAGUAUGAAAAAAAAAUCACUUGUAGUACAAGCUGAGGAUGUCAUCACCUGGAAAUCCAUGAGUAUAAGGCAAAAGUGGAACUUUUUAUCUAACAACAUUACUGUUGAACCAAUGGUAGCUUGUUACAUCAUGCCAAGUGUUUUAGCAUCCCUUGCAACGCAAAACCUUAAUCUGGAGAAGGCUUGUCGAGUGAAUCUUGGAUACGAUGAUCAAGUCUGUUCAUCACUCACGGCUAGAAACACUACCGGCUUUAAAGAAGAGGAAACUGCCGUUCAACAACUCGUCACAGGAAUGCAGACCUGGAAGUUAGCACUUCAAAGUGGAUUGCCGACUCUUCUGAUUCUUUUCUUAGGUGCUUGGAGUGAUCGCACUGGUCUUAGGAAACCCUGCAUGCUUCUACCAAUUGUUGGAGAGUUUCUAACUAGUAUUAGCUUACUCGCUUGCACUUAUUGGUUCUACGAGCUUCCUAUGGAAGCUGCUGGUAUAUCUGAAGCAUUUUGGCCAGCUGUCACUGGGGGAUGGUUCACAAUGUUUAUGGCAAUACUCAGUUAUAUUGGUGAUAUUACUUCUGUUGAAUCUAGAACACUUAGAAUUGGUGCAGUUAAUGUAUUUCUAUCACUUGGUGUACCCAUCGGGAUGGCACUUUCUGGAAUUUUGUAUAUCAAAAUUGGAUUCUAUGGUGUCUUUUCGAUUUGCACCGUGUGUUAUGUAUUCAGUUUUGUUUAUGGACUUGUGGUUGUUAAAGAAUCACCGCGUCGACCAAGUGUUAAUUUACCCGAAAAACAACCACCUAUGUCACCGUGUGAGAAAGUUGUUGACUUUUUUGCAUUCCGUCAUAUUUCUGAAACCUUUCGCGUUGCUUUCAAGAAAGGUGCCAAUAAUAGACAAAACAAAGUUGCUGUUCUCAUGAUCAUUGUUAUGGUUGUCGUGGGACCCAUGUAUGGUGAAAUGGCUGUCAUGUACCUCUUCACGAGGUACCGAUUCAAUUGGAAUGAAUUAAAGUUCAGCAUGUUUUAUACCUACAGCAUGGUUACGAAUUUAAUUGGUACCAUCAUUGCAGUUGGAUUUUUCAACCAUUUCCUAAAAGUCGACGAUGCUUUGAUGGGAGCAGUAAGCUGCACUAGCAAAAUCCUAGCUAGUUUUGUUUAUGCUUUUGCCACAGAAGAUUGGAUGAUUUAUAUAGCUCCGUUAGUGGAAAUAAUAAAUGGAGCUUCAUUGAUCGCCAUGCGUUCUAUAGCAUCAAAAUUGGUCCCAACGGAUGAACUUGGUAAAGUCAAUUCUCUAUUUGGGGUAUGUGAAUCCUUAAUGCCUUUAGUGUAUGGUCCAAUAUACAGUUCGAUUUAUGGAGCCACAAUGAAUACAUUCCCAGGAACAUUUUUCAUACUUGGAGGUGGCUUAACAAUUCCUGCUGUGAUUUCAUUCUUGUGGUUGUACAAAGAGCACAGGAGGGAUCGGGCGUUAAUGGAGCUUGAAAUGAGGAAGGAAAAGUUUUGUAAAAUUGAAGAACUAGGUGAUAAGGGUAUAGUGAUAAAAAACAACGAGAAUAAUAAAGAAUUACAUGCAAAAAUAACUAUAAGUGAUAAACAUUUAGAAUCAGGAAUUGGUAUUGAUAAUCCAAUUUUUAUCACUGAGCAUUUGUGAUUUACUCAUGUGAUAUUAAUAUAUAAAUUUUUAUGACAAGAGAAAAUUUAUUUAUUGGUUUUAAGAGUAAGAAUAAAUGAAAUUAUUUAUUUAAAAAAUUUUCCAAGAAUGAAAUUGUAAAUAAAAUUAU